AUGCCUGAAUCAUCACACACGUGGGCGAGCACCUACUCGCUUCACCACCCCGACGUGGCGAGCACCUACUCGCUUCACCACCCCGACGUGGGCGAGCACCUACUCGCUUCACCACCCCGAUGUGGGCGAGCACCUACUCGCUUCACCACCCCGACGUGGGCGAGCACCUACUCGCUUCACCAACCCGACGUGGGCGAGCACCUACUCGCUUCACCACCCCGACGUGGGCGAGCACCUACUCGCUUCACCACCCCGACGUGGGCGAGCACCUACUCGCUUCACCACCCCGACGUGGGCGAGCACCUCCUCGCUUCACCACCCCGACGUGGGCGAGCACCUGCUCGCUUCACCACCCCGACGUGGGCGAGCACCUACUCGCUUCACCACCCCGACGUGGGCGAGCACCUACUCGCUUCACCACCCCGACGUGGGCGAGCACCUACUCGCUUCACCACCACGACGUGGGCGAGCACCUACUGGCUUCACCACCCCGACGUGGGCGAGCACCUACUCGCUUCACCACCCCGACGUGGGCGAGCACCUACUCGCUUCACCACCCCGACGUGGGCGAGCACCUACUCGCUUCACCACCCCGACGUGGGCGAGCACCUACUCGCUUCACCACCCCGACGUGGGCGAGCACCUACUGGCUUCACCACCCCGACAUGGGCGAGCACCUACUGGCUUCACCACCAUGACGUGGGCGAGCACCUACUAGCUUCACCACCCCGACGCGGGCGAGCACCUACUCGCUUCAGCACCCCGACGUGGGCAAGCACCUACUCGCUUCACCACCCCGACGUGGGCGAGCACCUACUCGCUUCACCACCCCGACAUGGGCGAGCACCUACUCGCUUCACCACCCCGACGUGGGCGAGCACCUACUCGCUUCACCACCCCGACGUGGGCGAGCACCUACUCGCUUCACCACCCGACGUGGGCGAGCACCUACUCGUUUCACCACCCCAACGUGGGCGAGCACCUACUCGCUUCACCGCCCCGACGUGGGCGAGCACCUACUCGCUUCACCGCCCCGACGUGGGCGAGCACCUACUCGCUUCACCACCCCGACGUGGGCGAGGACCUACUCGCUUCACCACCCCGACGUGGGUGAGCACCUACUCGUUUCACCACCCCGACGUGGGCGAGCACCUACUCGCUUCACCACCCCGACGUGGGCGAGCACCUACUCGCUUCAACACCCCGACGUGGGCGAGCACCUACUCGCUUUACCACCACGACGUGGGCGAGCACCUACUCGCUUCACCACCCCGACGUGGGCGAGCACCUACUCGCUUCACCACCGCGACGUGGGCGAGCACCCACUCGCUUCACGACCCCGACGUGGGCGAGCACCUACUCGCUUCACCACCCCGACGUGGGCGAGCACCCACUCGCUUCACCACCCCGACGUGGGCGAGCACCUACUCGCUUCACCACCACGACGUGGGCGAGCACCUACUCGCUUCACCACCCCGACGUGGGCGAGCACCUACUCGCUUCACCACCCCGACGUGGGCGAGCACCUACUCGCUUCACCACCCCGACGUGGGCGAGCACCCACUCGCUUCACCACCCCGACGUUGGCGAGCACCCACUCGCUUCACCACCCCGACCACCCACUCGCUUCACGACCCCGACGUGGGCGAGCACCUACUCGCUUCACCACCCCGACGUGGGCGAGCACCCACUCGCUUCACCACCCCGAUGUGGGCGAGCACCUACUCGCUUCACCACCCCGACGUGGGCAAGCACCUACUGGCUUCACCACCCCGACGUGGGCGAGCACCUACUAGCUUCACCACCCCGACGUGGGCGAGCACCUUCUUGCUUCACCACCCCGACGUGGGCGAGCACCUACUCCCUUCACCACCCCGACGUGGGCGAGCACCUACUCGCUUCACCACCCCGACGUGGGCGAGCACCUACUCGCUUGACCACCCGGACGUGGGCGAGCACCUACUCGCUUCACCACCCCGACGUGGGCGAGCACCUACUCGCUUCACCACCCCGACGUGGGCGAGCACCUACUCGCUUCACCACCCCGAUGUGGGCGAGCACCUACUCGCUUCACCACCCCGACGUGGGCGAGCACCUACUCGCUUCACCGCCCCGACGUGGGCAAGCACCUACUUGCUUCACCGCCCCGACCGUGGGCGAGCACCUACUCGCUUCACCACCCUGACGUGUGCGAGCACCUACUCGCUUCACCACCCCGACGUGGGCGAGCACCUACUCGCUUCACCACCCCGACGUGGGCGAGCACCUACUCGCUUCACGACCCCGACGUGGGCGAGCACCUACUCGCUUCACCACCCCGACGUGGGCGAGGACCUACUCGCUUCACCAGCCCGACGUGGCACCUACUCGCUUCACCACCACGACGUGGGCGAGCACCUACUCGCUUCACAACCCCGACGUGGGCGAGCACCUACUCGCUUCACCACCACGACGCGGGCGAGCACCUACUCGCUUCACCACCACGACGUGGGCGAGCACCUACUCGCUUCACCACCCCGACGCGGGCGAGCACCUACUCGCUUCAUCACCCCGACGUGGGCGAGCACCUACUGGCUUCACCACCCCGACGUGGGCGAGCACCUACUUGCUUCACCACCCCGACGUGGGCGAGCACCUACUCCCUUCACCACCCCGACGUGGGCGAGCACCUACUCGCUUCACCACCCCGACGUGGGCGAGCACCUACUCGCUUUACCACCCCGACGUGGGCGAGCACCUACUCGCUUCACCACCUCGACGUGGGCGAGCACCUACUCGCUUCACCGCCCCGACGUGGGCGAGCACCUACUCGCUUCACCGCCCCGACGUGGGCGAGCACCUACUCGCUUCACCGCCCCGACGUGGGCGAGCACCUACUCGCUUCACCGCCCCGACGUGGGCGAGCACCUACUCGCUUCACCACCCCGACGCGGGCGAGCACCUACUCGCUUCAUCACCCCGACGUGGGCGAGCACCUACUCGCUUCACCACCCCGAUGUGGGCGAGCACCUACUCGCUUCAUCUCCCCGACGUGGGCGAGCACCUACUCGCUUCACCGCCCCGACGUGGGCGAGCACCUACUCGCUUCACCGCCCCGACGUGGGCGAGCACCUACUUGCUUCACCACCACGACGUGGGCGAGCACCUACUCGCUUCACCACCCCGACGCGGGCGAGCACCUACUCGCUUCACCACCCCGACGCGGGCGAGCACCUACUCGCUUCACCACCCCGACGCGGGCGAGCACCUACUCGCUUCACCACCCCGACGUGGGCGAGCACCUACUCGCUUCACCGCCCCGACGUGGGCGAGCACAUACUCGCUUCACCACCCCGACGUGGGCGAGCACCUACUCGCUUCACCACCCCGACGUGGGCAAGGACCUACUCGCUUCACCACCCCGACGUGGGCGAGCACCUACUCGUUUCACCACCUCGACGUGGGCGAGCACCUACUCGCUUCACCACCCCGACGUGGGCGAGCACCUACUCGCUUCACCACCCCGACGUGGGCGAGCACCUACUCGCUUCACCAGCACGACGUGGGCGAGCACCUUCUCGCUUCACGACCCCGACGUGGGCGAGCACCUACUCGCUUCACCACCCCGACGUGGGCGGGCACCUACUCGCUUCACGACCCCGACGUGGGCGAGCACCUACUCGCUUCACCACCCCGACGUGGGCGAGCACCUACUCGCUUCACCACCCCGACGUGGGCGAGCACCUACUCGCUUCACCACCACGACGUGGGCGAGCACCUACUUGCUUCACCACCACGACGUGGGCGAGCACCUACUCGCUUCACCACCACGACGCGGGCGAGCACCUACUCGCUUCACCACCACGACGCGAGCGAGCACCUACUCGCUUCACCACCCCGACGUGGGCGAGCACCUACUCGCUUCACCACCCCGACGUGGGCGAGCACCUACUCGCUUCACCGCCCCGACGUGGGCGAGCACCUACUCGCUUCACCGCCCCGACGUGGGCGAGCACCUACUCGCUUCACCGCCCCAACGUGGGCGAGCACCUACUCGCUUCACCGCCCCGACGUGGGCGAGCACCUACUCGCUUCACCGCCCCGACGUGGGCGAGCACCUACUCGCUUCACCACCCCGACGUGGGCGAGCACCUACUCGCUUCACCACCCCGACGUGGGCGAGGACCUACUCGCUUCACCACCCCGACGUGGGCGAGCACCUACUCGCUUCACCAGCACGACGUGGGCGAGCACCUUCUCGCUUCACGACCCCGACGUGGGCGAGCACCUACUCGCUUCACCACCCCGACGUGGGCGAGCACCUACUCGCUUCACGACCCCGACGUGGGCGAGCACCUACUCGCUUCACGACCCCGACGUGGGCGAGCACCUACUCGCUUCACCACCCCGACGUGGGCGAGCACCUACUCGCUUCACCACCACGACGUGGGCGAGCACCUACUCGCUUCACCACCACGACGUGGGCGAGCACCUACUCGCUUCACCACCACGACGUGGGCGAGCACCUACUCGCUUCACCACCACGACGUGGGCGAGCACCUACUCGCUUCACCACCCCGACGUGGGCGAGCACCUACUCGCUUCACCACCCCGACGUGGGCGAGCACCUACUCGCUUCACCACCCCGACGUGGGCGAGCACCUACUCGCUUCACCGCCCCGACGUGGGCGAGCACCUACUCGCUUCACCGCCCUGACGUGGGCGAGCACCUACUCGCUUCACCGCCCCGACGUGGGCGAGCACCUACUCGCUUCACCACCCCGACGUGGGCGAGCACCUACUCGCUUCACCACCCCGACGUGGGCGAGCACCUACUCGCUUCACCACCAUGACGUGGGCGAGCACCUACUUGCUUCACCACCACGACGCGGGCGAGCACCUACUCGCUUCACCACCCCGACGUGGGCGAGCACCUACUCGCUUCACCACCCCGACGUGGGCGAGCACCUACUCGCUUCACCACCACGACGUGGGCGAGCACCUACUCGCUUCACCACCACGACGUGGGCGAGCACCUACUCGCUUCACCACCACGACGCGGGCGAGCACCUACUCGCUUCACCACCACGACGUGGGCGAGCACCUACUCGCUUCACCACCCCGACGUGGGCGAGCACCUACUCGCUUCACCACCCCGACGUGGGCGAGCACCUACUCGCUUCACCACCCCGACGUGGGCGAGCACCUACUCGCUUCACCGCCCCGACGUGGGCGAGCACCUACUCGCUUCACCGCCCCGACGUGGGCGAGCACCUACUCGCUUCACCGCCCCGACGUGGGCGAGCACCUACUCGCUUCACCACCCCGACGUGGGCGAGCACCUACUCGCUUCACCACCCCGACGUGGGCGAGCACCUACUCGCUUCACCACCAUGA